CUAGUUGUGAGGUACUUAUAUUUCCAGUUCCGUCCAUCGAAGCAUGAACAUAAAUUAACGAUCAAAACAAAAUGAGAGGCAUCGAAUGUGCUUACUUGAGGAGGCGGUGGCGCUUGACCGUGCACUCCCCAAGUUCCCAGUUUCAGAAUCAAUUUUGCAUCGUCGACUCAACGGUGACGCAUUAUCUCCGCUUCGGGGCCGAAAAUUUGAAAAGUCGACUAAGUGCCACUUUUCUACUUCAGCUUCAAGUCAAACAUUCCAGUACACAUAGAUCACUGCGGACAUCUCCGUGCACUGAAACUCCAAAGCUUCGGAUAACACGCAUAGUACGACUUUCCGCAGGUCAAUUUAUAUCAUCCAUGAUGUCCUCAAUAUCCAGACACGACUGGCUAUUGACUUAUGCGCAUCCUCCCGACGUCGUCCCCUUGCUAUUCACGAAUGAUCCACCAUCAUUGUUACAGUCGACCCAGCUGAAUGCUUCUAUCGAAAGAUUCAGCUCCGUACUCCCAGAGCUCCAGGGCGAGAUCAACAUGCUCCGAAGAGCGGUCGCUUCCCUAGAAAGACAGAUGUCGCGCCUUCUGUCUUUGAAGCGCAAAUGCGAGACCGUUUUGUCUCCAUUUCGCCGCCUACCCCCUGAGAUCCUCAUGGAGAUUCUACGAUGCACCUGGACGAUCCGUAAAGAUUAUUGCAACACAAGGCACAAUAUACAUGAAUUUGGCUUCAAUGUUUUCGUCAUUGAACGCGGGCCAUGGCGUCUUGGCCAUGUGUGCAGUUCGUGGAGAUAUGCGAUUGAAAACCUCUGUCCUGACCUCUGGUCGACUAUGACCAUUGAAAUGCCAUUGGGAAAAAUGGCGUAUCGUGUCCCAGUCAUGAAGCGGAAUAUGGUACCACUGCUAGAACGCGUACUCAAGCGUACUCGUGGGCAUCCGCUCGACUUCUUUUUCAAUACCUCUCGUCUCCGGACGCCUGAGGCGGACAGGGUGAUGGACCAGUGCUUCGACCUGAUGUUGGUGCAUUCUCGCAGAUGGAGGAGAGCUGUACUGGUCGUAACACCUCCUCUUCUGUCUCGUAUCUCGCUCAUCCACGGAAAGGUUGACCGGCUAGAAGAGGUAUAUUUUCGUUGCAUCGGUGAUCCAAACCAUUUCCUGGGACACGACGUAACACCGAAGUAUCUACACGUCAUCUCAUCCUCUCCGAAUCUCCUCUCUUUCUCGUGGCAUCAUUAUAGUCGCAUUCGUAAAUCCUCCCCUCCGUAUUAUCCUCUUGUUACCCACCUGAAGCUCCAAAAACUCUCAGCAUGCUCCGGGAAACUCCUCCGCAGUCUCAAGCUACCAGCCUUGACAGAGAUGGAUCUCAGGUCCUGCGAUGAGAUCCGCUUCGAAGACGUACAUGUGAAAUGUCCCCCGGAUGCUCUCUCCGAGCUUAAGGAUUUGCUCAUCCGCUCUCAGUGCUCUUUGACAGUACUCUCCCUUGUUGACGCUCGAAUCAAUAAGCACCUGUUCGCUAUUAUAGCGUUAUGCCCUCAUCUCAGCAACCUAUCCAUCGUAUUCAACGAAUGGAAAGGCGAAGCAGACCCCUUCAUGGCAUCCCUCGUUCGUCGGAUGUCAGAGACUCAAGUCCAUUUAUUGGUUCCCUACUUGAAGCGACUACAAAUUGAACUGAAUCCAGCCAAGUAUGAGCACAUUUCUUUCAUCGACAGACAUUUCGUGGAGAUGAUUAACUCACGAGUUGGAAACCAGUCUGGCCAUUCUUCAUCACUCGAGAGGUUCACCCUGGGGAUCUGCGGAAGAGGUUGGGAUUGGGAUUUAGAUGAGGCAGGCCUGAAAGAGCUGAGUGCUUUGGAUGGCAAUCAUGGUUUUCGUAUGACGAUGGAAUUGACCGAUGUUAAUGAUUUGGGCGACAUUGAAUCGUCUGAAUCUGACUGAAUACUAUCCCCAACAGUACAUCGAUUCUUUGUAGUGACAUCCUGUUUCAACUACAGGAGGCUGUGCCUAUGUGAUUGAUACGAAGAUCGGGUACUUUUAACUGUAAUAUAUAUCGCACUCAAUGCUUUCUGUUCUACGCGUUCUGCUACAGGAAUACUUACCGAUCAUCGAUAAACAUUGGAAAAAUAUCGUGCUAUUGCAAAGGAUCUGCCACAGGAAUGG